AUGCCCUCAUUACUUGUGUCUGCCAUUGAGCCGCCGGCGCUGGUCGUCGUCACCGGUGCCAACGGCUUCAUUGCACAACAUUGUGUUGCUGCCCUUCUCGAAGAGGGCUAUCACGUUGUCGGCACCGUUAGGAGUGCGGCCAAAGUCGAUGCAGUAAAAAAUUCACACCAGAGACAUCCCAGAUUAGACGUCGUCGUCAUCGAGGACAUCACAAACGCACAAAGCUAUCUUGACGUUCUUGGGCCUCUAUCACCGGUAGCGGUCCUUCACCUUGCUGCGCCCUUUCACUACAAUGCGACAAACUUUGAACGAGACAUGAUGAUCCCCGCGGUGCAAGGAUCAACGGGUAUCCUGGAGGCUGCGGCUCAGAUCAAGAGUAUCCGGAGAAUCAUUCACACAAACAGCUUCGCCUCGAUAUACGACGCCGCGGCUGGUCCAAGCCCCGGAAAGACUUACACAGCACAGGAUUGGAGUCCAUUGACGUACGAAGACGGAGUACAGGCAGACAACGCGCCUGCGGCAUAUCGCGCGAGCAAAACCGCAGCGGAGAAGGCCGCCUGGAAGUUUAUGGAAAGCAGGCCGCUUGGAUUUGAUCUCGUCAGUCUGUGCCCCGGUAUGGUCUUUGGCCCUUUCUUGCCAGAGGCAAAGCCCAAGUCUAUCACCGGCGUCAACACGAGUAACCUGCUGGUCUGGGCCGCGGUGUCUGCUGGCCGUGACAAUGCCCUGCCACCGACCAGAGGCCCCGUCUGGGUUGAUGUCCGCGACGUCGCUGAUGCCCACGUCAAAGCCCUCCGAGUCGUCGAGGCCGGCGGCGGUCGCUAUCUCCUUGCCAGCGGCAUCUACUGCAACCAGGAGCUGGCAGACCACGGCCGAGACGGAUAA